AGUAUGAACAAUAUGCAUGAUCUUCUUGAAAUAAUAUAAAAUUCUGUCAUUUAUCUCAUUCGAAUGCGAUGAGCGACAACGUAAAGGAGCAAUAAGCGCCCAAAUACUGAAAUAGGUAAUAUUAUGUGAUCAUUAUUUGGAAAAAUGAAAAAGGUUUUACUUUGGCUAUUGAUCUUCGUCUGUCAUUCUCAUCAGAUGCCACAGCUCGACGUAGACGUAUUUACUACAACAGAGACGACCGAUACUACCACCGAAAAUACCAUCGAAAACACCAAGAACUUUUCACGAGUUACCGAAGAAACCAGAAGUUUGGAAAAAAUUUCACGAGUUACCGAAGAGACCAAAAGUUUUGAAAAAAUUUCACUAGUUACCGAAGCCACUGCGGUUUCAGUUCAAACGUCCGUUAACUUUUCGUCGUACAAACCGAGUGUGGUUUUCGAAGACUUCAAGCCCAGCAAUUAUUAUAGGCCCGACGGUAAUCCUAUAUUCGAAAGGCCUAGUCCACAAUUCACGCACGAAAUUUUCCAUAAACCCGAAUACUUCGCAAGACCCAAUAAACAGACGUACCAAUUACCACCGAAAUCUAGCGAAAGUAAUGUAGUUUUCCCCCAAGCUUCUCAAGAACAUUAUUCCCAAUAUUCACAUCCCGACAAUCGAUCAAACGGACCGGAGUCCAGGGGCCCGCAUACGUUCGCCGAAGUCUCACCUCAACCGCAGUCCAAGCCGAUGAAACACGAUUUCGGCGGGGCACAGCAUGCCAGCGCUUACGACAACUUCUACGAAAGGCAUUUCGGCAAAUACCAUGUGAACGAGAUGUCACAAUAUUCGGACAUAAUGCACGGACCGCCAAAAGUUUAUCACAGCGUCACGUCUCAUAAAAAAGACCCUUGGAAGAGCAUGCUCAAGGUGUUGGCCACUAUCCUGCCGGUUGGUCUGUUGCUCGCUUCUUUUCCGCCGACCGUUAUCAAAGUGGAUUCCAAGCAAUACCCCUACCAGUUCCAAAAGAAUUCGACAACAUUCAGUCCAAAUAUUAUUACUGGUAGGUAUAAGGCAUUAAGAGAGAUGAGCCCGGGAUCAAAAAUUGACGGAGAAGACAAAUCGCCUGGAUAUUUAAACGAUUGUUUAAAAAAGAAAAUAUGCGAAACCCUAAAGAGUAACUAUUCGCAUAGUGAACUGGAAACUCUGCAUCAAAACUAUAAGUUAAAUUGGACCGCGGACAAUAGCCCGGCGAUGGUGGAAAUCGCAAACACAGCCGCGUCCGCAGACCCGGAAUCGUGUCAAGUAUUCGUUUGCAGUGAUUGAACAGGCUGGGCGUCGCUGUUGUGCUGUACAUAUUAUAUAGUAUAUACAUAUAAUAUUAUUAUAUAUAGGUAGUACUGUCUGCAAUAAUAAUAAUAAUAAUAUAAUAUACCUGGUAGCUUGUAUGUAUAUAGGUACAUUUUUUGUAAUAUCAACACGAUAACCACAAUUUUUAUAUGUAUACCGUUCGGACCGCGAGAAUUCCAUUAAUGCACGGAAUGCAGACACGUUUUAAUGGCUGGUUAUCGGAAGUUGACUUGGCCCUGGGCGAACUUUCGUUCCACGGUAACCAUAAAUAAAUAAUAAUAAAAAAUUUAAUCUGCUGGAUGAAUUUCGUCUAAGAAUGUGGUUGAUGACACAUUCUCAUACAUAACGGAUAUCGCUUUCUUUUGUGGCUUUUGACGCGAUCCUCGAUCAUAGUCAGAAGAACAGGCAUCACAUAACAUAUAGGCACACUUUUGAUGCGAUUUAUAUUAUACGCAUAUGCGUAUAUUAUAGUAAUACAUAUUUUAAAAACGGUAGAUACCUACGUUCAAUGUUUUCUAUUACAAAACUCAAACCUAAUGGAAAUUCGAAAAUCGUGGUUUUUCUCGCAAUAUAUUAUAUUAUACCAUUUGGCCCAAAAAUGGAUAAAUUAUUUGCAUUUUAGUGUUGUAUUAUGUAAAUAUAUAUUAUUAAACGUUAUUAUAUAUUAUACUAUUUAUACUUAUA